CGCUGGAGGAAUAAAUAUCUCUGUGAUUGGUUGGUGCAGGAUUUCAAACUAGAGCUGGCGGCCCAGUGCUGCUCUGCCGUUGGAGGCGCGAGGGGCAGCGGAAGUUCUACCAGGAAGAUGGAUACUACGAUGCUGAAUUUGCGGAAUCUGUUUGAGCAGCUCAUACGGCGUGUGGAGAUUCUCAGUGAAGGAAAUGAACUCCAAUUCAUCCAAUUGGCAAAGGACUUUGAGGAUUUCCGUAAAAAGUGGCAGAGAACGGACCACGAGCUGGGGAAAUACAAGGACCUUUUGAUGAAAGCAGAGACUGAGCGCAGCGCUCUGGAUGUUAAGCUGAAGCAUGCACGCAAUCAGGUGGAUGUAGAGAUCAAACGGAGACAGCGAGCCGAGGCCGACUGUGAAAAGCUGGAAAGACAGAUUCAGCUGAUUCGAGAGAUGCUCAUGUGUGACACAUCUGUCAGCAUUCAACUAAGCGAGGAGCAAAAGUCAGCUCUGGCUUUUCUCAACAGAGGCCAACCAUCCAUCGGCAACGCUGGGAACAAAAGACUGUCAACCAUUGAUGAAUCUGGUUCCAUUUUAUCAGAUAUCAGCUUUGACAAGACUGAUGACUCACUGGAUUGGGAUCCUUCUUUGGUAAAGACUUUCAAACUGAAGAAGAGAGAAAAGAGGCGAUCCAGUAGUCGACAGUUCAUUGAUGGUCCCCCUGGACCUAUAAAGAAAACUCGUUCCAUUGGCUCCACAGUAGACCAGGGGAAUGAAUCCAUAGUUGCAAAAACUACAGUGACUGUUCCUAAUGAUGGUGGGCCCAUUGAAGCUACAUCCACUAUUGAAACUGUGCCAUGCUGGACGAGAAGCCGAGGGAAAACAGGUGCUUUACAGCCUUGGAACAGCGACUCCACCUUGAGCAGCAGGCAGCAGGAGCCACGAGCUGAGGCGGACGGCCCCAGCACGCCACAGAGCAGUGGAGGGGUGCGCCUGCAUGACUUCGUCUCCAAGACGGUUAUUAAACCCGAAUCUUGUGUUCCAUGUGGAAAGCGGAUAAAAUUUGGCAAGUUGUCUCUGAAGUGUCGAGACUGUCGUGUGGUCUCUCAUCCAGAAUGUCGGGACCGCUGUCCCCUUCCCUGCAUUCCUACCCUGCUAGGAACACCUGUUAAGAUUGGAGAGGGAAUGCUGGCAGAUUAUGUGUCCCAGACCUCUCCGAUGAUCCCCUCCAUAAUUGUCCACUGCGUAAAUGAGAUUGAGCAAAGAGGGCUGAGCGAGACAGGCCUGUAUCGGGUCUCAGGCUGCGACCGGACAGUAAAAGAACUGAAAGAGAAAUUUUUCAGAGUGAAAACUGUACCCCUCCUCAGCAAAGUGGAUGAUAUCCAUGCUAUCUGUAGCCUCCUGAAAGACUUCCUUCGAAACCUCAAAGAACCCCUUCUGACCUUUCGGCUAAACAAGACCUUUAUGGAAGCAGCAGAAAUUACAGAUGAGGACAACAGCAUAGCUGCCAUGUACCAGGCUGUUGGUGAACUGCCCCAGGCCAACAGAGACACAUUAGCUUUCCUCAUGAUUCACUUGCAGAGAGUGGCUCAGAGCCCAAACACUAAAAUGGAUGUUGCCAAUCUGGCUAAAGUCUUUGGCCCUACAAUAGUUGCCCAUGCUGUGCCCAAUCCAGAUCCAGUGACAAUGUUACAGGAUAUCAAGCGUCAACCCAAGGUGAUAGAACGCUUGCUUUCCCUGCCCCUGGAAUACUGGAGUCAGUUCAUGAUGGUGGAACAAGAGAACAUUGACCCCGUGCAUGUCAUUGAAAACACAAAUGCCUUUUCAACACCACAGACACCAGAUAUUAAAGUGAGUUUGCUGGGGCCUGUGACCACUCCUGAGCAUCAGCUUCUCAAGACUCCUUCAUCCAGCUCCCUGUCGCAGAGAGUCCGCUCCACCCUCAACAGGAACACGCCCAGAUUUGGGAGUAAAAGCAAGUCUGCCACCAACCUAGGAAGACAGGGCAACUUUUUUGCUUCUCCAAUGCUCAAGUGAAGCCAUGCCUCCUGUUACUUACAGUGUUUACUGACUGCAAGGAAGGGCACCUGUAUUCUCUGCUCUGCAGCCUCCUGUACUUGUUACUACUUUUAGCGUUCUCCAGGAUUUUAAUCAACUUUAAUUGUGCAUGGGGGUUUUAAAACUAUAUAUAUCUUCCUCUCCUCCUCAAGUAAUGUAAUAGGAACUCUUUAUGCUGUUGUUGAGAACUUGUAUAUGGGAGAUCUUUACAGGGA